AUUUCUGUUUCUCCUCCAGGCCCUUUUCUGUGUGAUAUUUACCACUUAAAUAAUAAAGCUGGACAUUCUCCACCUCAUUUUGUGGCUUGGAGUUCACUGCUCUGCGGCAAGCUUUGGUAGCAGCACCGCAAUGCACAGCUCAGUCUUUACUUCCUGAUCUUGCGUUUCUGCCCCGGCUGCCGUGGAAACCGGAACGACUGGAGCUGACACGGAGCAGGCUGUCAGAGAGCAGCAGGCUCCGACAUCCCUUUAACGGGGAUUAUGUAACCUGUCUGCUCACAGGCUCCUUGCCGCCCCUCCCUCCCUGCCUGCACGCGCUGCGUCUGACGGGCAAACAGGGGGGCCGGCUGCACAUCAGCUGUGUGUCUUUAUUACCGGCCACCCAGCCGACGCGCACAGGAGCACACAGGAGCACACAGGAGCACACACCCGCGCACGCGCCCACACGCACACGCGCCGCUCAGACAUGGGAGACCUCCAGAUCAUCGUCAGGGAGGACGAGGAGUCGAGAAUCCUCCCGUGCGCGUCGCCGGACGGGAUUAAAGGGCUCAUCUGCAAAUCCCAGGAGGCCAAAGAGUUCGCCUACUGCCCCUACAGCAAUUUCCGCGUGGGGGCGGCCCUGCUGGCCCACGACGGGACCGUCUUCACAGGCUGCAAUGUGGAGAACGCCUGCUACAACCUGGGAGUUUGCGCUGAAAGGAAUGCUAUUGCAAAAGCUGUGUCGGAGGGAUACAGGAAUUUCAAGGCAAUAGCCAUCGCAAGUGACUUAAAUGAGCAGUUCAUAUCUCCCUGUGGGGGUUGCAGACAGUUCAUGAGAGAGUUCGGCACUCACUGGGACGUGUACCUGUCCAAGCCUGAUGGGUCUUACGUGGAGACAACCGUGGCAGAAUUGCUCCCAGUCUCCUUCGGGCCUGAGGACUUGAAGAAGAAGAAAGUGUUCACCAUUCAAAAUGGCUUUUAGAUCACAGUAAAACGGACGCACCAGGAAUAAAAAAGGAAAAAAGAAGGCCAUUUCACCAAUACAGUGUUAAUCAAUGGCGGGUGCUUUCUUUUGUGACUGCUGAAAGGAGAGGCGUGAUCAGUCCUUCCAUGGUAUUAUUGGGAACGUGACUGGACAUUGCUUAUAUUUAUUAUUAAGAGGAUGUAUGGGUAAUAUAGCAGGAGCUCUGAGAACUGUACAUUAACAGUGCAUGUUUGCACUGAAGUGUAUAUGGGUUGAUGUGUGCAUACAAAUGUAGACUGUAAUUCAUUUUGCAUGAAUGUAUUUUUAAUUGUAUAUCGAUAUACAAUGCUCUGUACAUUAAGUAAAUGUCAGGUGAUUCAUGUGAUGCAUGCAGGUUUUCUGUUUGAAGAUGCCACUUGCACUUUAGCCUAAGGUUUCGAUAUAAUCUAACCACAGUACUUGUCAUCCUUAGCUUUGAUCGGGAAAAAAAAAAAAAACGAAUGCCAUUACCUUUUUCAACUUUCUUGGGUAUUUUUCAUUCA